UACCAAGAAGUAAGAACCAACCAUUACGGAGACGGGAGAAGCCGAUUUAUGUUUUUAUUUUUAGUGUUUUAUUAAUUUAAUUUAUUAAGUUUCUUUGUUACUUCUUUAGCCUAUUGAAAAUAAAAUAAUGACUUGGGGCUUUGUUACGUGUGGUCCAAAUGAGGCACUCGUUGUAUCAGGAUGUUGCUAUUCAAAACCUUUACUUGUGCCUGGUGGGCGGGCAUUUGUAUGGCCUGCAAUACAGCGGGUUCAGAGAAUAUCACUUAACACUAUGACCCUGCAAGUUGAAUCUCCAACGGUCUACACUAGCCAGGGAGUUCCUAUAUCAGUCACAGGCAUCGCACAGGUCAAAAUCCAAGGUCAGAAUGCUGAAAUGUUGUUGUCCGCAUGUGAACAAUUCCUCGGUAAAUCCGAACAAGAGAUUCAGCACAUUGCUCUCGUUACCUUAGAGGGACAUCAGCGUGCUAUCAUGGGAUCGAUGACUGUUGAAGAAAUAUAUAAAGACAGAAAAAUUUUCUCAAAGAAGGUAUUCGAAGUGGCUUCCAGUGAUUUGAUAAAUAUGGGGAUCACAGUCGUAUCUUACACCUUGAAAGAUAUAAGGGAUGAAGAGGGUUAUCUAAAAGCAUUGGGUAUGGCUCGUACGGCCGAAGUGAAGCGCGAUGCUCGUAUAGGAGAGGCGGAAGCACAAGCGGAAGCGAAAAUUAAAGAAGCCAUGGCGGAGGAGCAACGCAUGGCUUCACGGUUCCUCAAUGACACGGAGAUAGCCAAGGCGCAGAGGGACUUCGAACUCAAGAAGGCUGCCUAUGAUGUCGAGGUGCAAACAAAGAAGGCUGAAGCUGAGAUGGCGUACGAGUUACAAGCAGCUAAGACAAAGCAACGCAUCAAGGAGGAACAGAUGCAAAUUGCAGUUGUGGAGCGCUCGCAAGAGAUUAAUGUCCAGAAGUGGGAGGUCCAGAGACGUGAGAAGGAAUUAGAGGCGACUGUGCGCAGACCGGCCGAAGCAGAGAAAUUCAGAUUGGAGAAGUUGGCGGAAGCACACCGGCUUAAAACUGUUCUGGAAGCAGAAGCUGAAGCUGAGGCUGUAAAAGUUCGCGGUGAAGCUGAAGCGUAUGCUAUCAAAGCUAAGGCCGUGGCGGAUGCAGAGCAGAUGGCGAAGAAGGCAGACGCUUGGAAGGAGUAUGGUUCAGCGGCUAUGGUAGACAUGAUGCUUGAGACAUUACCCAAGGUUGCCGCGGAGGUGGCGGCGCCACUGUCGCAGGCUCGCAAGGUGACGAUGGUCUCGUGUGGCGGCGGCGACGUGGGAGCAGCGAAACUUACGGGAGAAGUACUCAGUAUCGUACAAUGUAUUCCUGAACUCGUCAAGGGCGUCACCGGCGUCGACAUAUCUAAAAUCAAGACGGUGGAAGCAUCUAUGAUCCCCACGCCCACAGCCCGCGGGGACUCGGCGAGGAAGUUACGAUAACUGAUCAAGACAUGAGAUUAGGCAACAGCAAUGUCCACGAGGGUCUUCGCGCCGUUUAAAGCCGCAAUCUACGUAGAGGUAAACAGUGUUUCCUAGCCUGACGUUACAACACAUUUUCUGUCCGGAUAUAUCUGCCAAAUAAUAUUUAUAUUAUAACAUUAGUACGUUUUCACGUGUAACUGUUAUUGUGCACUCGUCUCGUAUAGGAGACCGUGUCACAGUACAAGUAACAAUGAACAGAUCGACGUGUAAUCCUGCCUCAUUUUCGAAUGUUGACAAACGAUAAUCGAAGUCGGCGUAGAACUAUUCGUGCGACGAACAGACAAACAGGAACAUUGAUCUGAUAGAAGACAAAUUAACGCUUUAUUCAAGUAGCUACAAAAUGACUGUUAUACUUAUAAAAUUUAUACAUAUAUUUUUUUAUUUAGCUAAACGUUUGUUAGGAUAUAUUAUAAUAUUUAGUGUUCACGAUGAAACCGUUUAGAAAUUCUAAAUAUUAAAGCAAUUUACCCAUUCGUAGAUGUAAUUGAUGUCUUUUCUGAAGAUAUUGUUUAGCGUAUAUUAGUGGAUAUUUAGAGUUGCGCGUGUUAUUAAUAUAUUGGCGUUCUUAUCUACACGAUUACGUACAUUCUUAUAUUUAUUCGAUUAGUCAAUUGAGUGAUGUAUUUUUGUAUAUUAAUAAAAUGUAAUAGUUUCAGUAUUAAUAUUUUUAAUAAGCUAAACCAUUUUAAAACAUAUUUUUAAUAACAUUUCAUCGAUACUAUCAUUCUAAUUGAUAUAUUUUUUUCUCGUAGAUCAUUAAAAGUAAAUUUAAUGUUUCAAGUAUUAAAGUUUUCACUCAGAUGCACAGCACAAAAUGCACAGUUGCCCGAAACGUAAAAAGUCGAUUCGAAAUUGUUUAAAAAAAUAAAACGAUAUUAUUAAAUUAUUUCGUUUGAAACAAAUUUGACUAAGUUCGUUUUCAAGAUUUGUCUUAUCGUUAGUGCUAUGAUAAACCGUAUUUUGAUAUUUCCAUCUAAGGCUGAAGGCCUCUCGCAAAUAUUAGGUAUUUUAUAAUAUUAUAAUGAAAAUCUUGUUAAGAGUGUGAUGUUAAGAGUACAAAGAUCUGAAGCAAAAAUAUUCCUCGAUGUCGAUAGUAAUAAACUAAGAGUAUUUAUAAUGCGUUUGGGUAUUCUACUUAAAUGUUCUUUUAACUGUAAGUCAAUACGAAGAAAGAUCGAAAUAUAAUUUAUAAGAUGAAUACGACAUAAAGAUCCCAUUAAAUGUAUAAGUACUAUGUUUGUGAAAGCGUAGUAUGGGAGGAAGUACCGGUGUACUGGUUCGGGGGGUGAUAUCUAAUCUAUAUCGUCACUAUAAAGGCCUUUUAAUUGUUACUUGAAUGAAUUGCGGUUGAAUUAAUUUUUUAGUUCGUAUUCGAGAUAUUUCCAGCGGGAUUGUCGAUUUGGAGUGAAAUCUUGCACGGCGCGGGCAUUUAUACACUACUCAAAUACGUCACGCAAUCUAAUGUUGACGUACCUACAAGACUCUGAUAACAUUAUUUACCUCAAGAAAUUUGUUGGCUUCCGUGCCAUAAUUAUGCGAAGCAAUAAUCGUAUUUUAAUAUUAAGCACCUUUUUUGUUGUUUAAUUAUAUUUUAAGAUAAGAGAUAAUAUAUUAUUGUAAAAUAAAAUAACAAUUUAUUUUGAUUAUAUUUUUGGGUGCUGUGUAUUCCUUUAUAAUAUUAAUCUCUUUAGCACAAAUAUAUUCGUUUUAGUACAACUUUUAGCUAAGAUUUUUUUUAAUGCUGUUCUAUUUAACACGUAGGUUUAAGUGAUUAUUUUUCACUGCCUCUUUACAUAAAAAAAAAACAAGAAUUUUUCUUAUUUAUAUUGUAUGAUGUAUUAAUAUUAACCAUUAGACAAGUUAGCGAUACCAAAUCUAAAUUUAUUUUAACUUGUAUUGAAUAACAAUCAUUUCUGUAUUUAUAAUUUAUAGUCAAAUGAUGAUAAAUUGUAAUUAGUAAAUUAACUUCUUAAUUUAUUCAUUGCGUAAAUGCCACUAAGCUUUUGCAUAAACUCUACAUUCUGUUAGUCUAUUGCCCGCUAACGACGUCUACAUUGCAGAGUAUUGCGUAGCUGCGUACGCGGUGAAAAAUAAUACUGUUAUUAGUACAUUUUUUUUUAGUGUGAAGAUUUAAUCAAUUUUGUGGUUUUACCAAAAACGAAUAGUCGUGAAGUAACCUGCUUGAUGUGCACUAAGAGUGGCAUCAAGUUAAAAUUGUGUGCGAAUCCCAUUUUUAUUCAUAUAAGUGUAUUGACGUGGUUUUUAUUCAUAUUUAUUC